CACAGAAUAAAUGUUACUUAUUCUGUGGUAUAAGCAAGCGCCAUCUUCCCUUUUAGUGUUGACUGUCAGACUGUGAGAACACGCGGUCAUCUUUAUAAGAUAAUUAAGUAUAAAAGUAUGGCCCCAAGGUACGAGAUCGCCGUGGGCCUGCAGAGAGGCCACAAAACGACAAAAAUUCCCUCAGGAAAGACCAAGGCAGACAAAGUCCGCCCCGCACGGUUGAAGGGGAUCCAAACCAAACACACGAAAUUCGUGCGCGACCUCAUCCGCGAAGUGGUCGGACAUGCCCCUUACGAGAAGAGAGCUAUGGAAUUGCUGAAGGUAUCGAAGGACAAGAGGGCCCUUAAGUUCCUCAAGCGUCGUCUGGGCACGCACAUCCGUGCCAAGAGGAAGAGGGAAGAACUGUCCAACAUCCUUACACAAAUGCGUAAAGCACAGGCUACACAUAAGUAAAAUGUAUUUUUUUUGUUACUCUAAAUAAAGUGUAAGUUCUA